CCGUGUGACGUCACAGUUGUUUAUGUUUUUCUUUUAUAACAACAAUGUCUUCCUCGAGUAGUGAAGAUGACGCGAGGUUUAGAGAAGCUUGUGACCCAACCUUGUCACUUGUGUUUGAGAAGAAGAAGACUUGUGAUAAGAGAGAGACAGUGGAGGAAAGAGAGAGAGACGAUGAAGUGAGAGACGAGAGAGAGACAUUUUUACUCCUCAAAAGAAUCCAAAAGUCUCUCACGUCUUUAAACACCGCUAGAGAAAAUGGAUACGGUCUGGUUGGUGCCAAGGUGCGGGGAGAAGUGUCAUCUAGUGCCAGGCGAAACACACAUGGUGGUGGUGCAGAUGUUCCCUCACCAUUCUCUUCAUAUUUAGCCAAACAGCUGACUGGAAUUCUAGAGAAGAAUGUGGAAAUUACUGAAACACCCAACGAUGGCCAUGACAGGGCUAAUGACGCUCAAAAGCCUUUACAACUCUUGAAAAACAUCAUUAUCGAGAAUGCUGUUGAAGAGAAUGGUGGCACCACAGAAAAGAGGAAGAAGAAAGUGAAGAAACACAAAAAAAUGUGUUACUUUGAUUGUUCAGAUGAGGGUGAGGUGAUAAGCAGAUGCUUGUCGCUGGCUGUAUCACCCCAGUGGAUCAAAGACAAGCGUGAUGACUACCCCUGGCCUCACCCAAAAAAUAUUAGGUACUUAGAGAAGUAUACAGUGAAGGAAAGGAAAGAAGAUGGGGUGAUGGUGUUAAGAGCCUGCGAUGACACCAGCCAUGAGCAUCAGGUGGAGACUCUCGGUGCAACACACGUCAUAAACACAAACUGUAUCGGUGUAAAUGGAGGCUCAGACUGUACGAAAGAUGUCCAGUGUACUGCAGAGAUCUCGGACACAGGUCAGGACAACACUCAUAAGAAAAAGAAGAAAAAGUGUGUUCUUCCUUCACAUAAAGUUGAUGUAAAAACUGGCCUUACAACACACCAAGAGGUAAGUGAGUGUUGUGAAAAGAAGAUGCGGAAACAAUCAAGAAGGCGCGGCAAAAAGAAGUGCAAGAAUACCGAUUCUGAAGUGUUGAGUGUAUGAUAAUAGUUGUCUAUAAAUGGGGAACUGUU